UAUUGUGUUUCUAACAAUUGUGCUAGCCGUGGCCUGUGCGAGUGAAGUAUCGGUAUUGUAGGAGGUUUGAUACGUUUUGAAAUUAUUUGAAUUUCGACGAACUUAAAAUAGUGUUUAUACCAGAAUGGACCGAGAAUCGAAGUAUAUUUUACGAAAAGUAAUUUUAGACAGUCUGUGUCUGUUCAUAGUUGGUUUCCCGAUUCUCCUUUUCUUCCUGUUUGGACAACCCUAUGAGAGAGGCUUUUAUUGUGAUGAUGAGUCCCUGAGGCAUCCAUACAAAGACUCCACUGUAUCUAGUGCUGUGCUGUAUGUGGUUGGGACAUUCAUACCAAUAUCAUCAAUGCUGCUGAUAGAAUAUGUCCACUAUCAGAGGACAAACAACCACAUCACAAGGGCACUAUUUGGCAGAAACAUUCAUCCAUGGGUGUGGAACUGUUAUAAGGUGAUUGGUGUGUUUGGUUUCGGAAUGGCCUGCUCACAACUCACCACAGACAUUGCUAAGUACACCAUUGGACGUUUACGGCCACAUUUCUUUGCCGUUUGCAUGCCUGAUGUGGAUUGUUCAAAAGAAGAACACCAAUACCACUACAUUGAGAAUUUCAAGUGUAAAAAUACAGACAAGCAUCGACUGAAGGACAUGAGGUUGUCUUUCCCGUCAGGACACUCUUCAUUCUCAGCAUACACAAUGAUUUACUUAGUGAUCUACCUUCAGGGUCGGUUUGUGUGGGAGGGCUCCAAGCUGCUACGUCACUUCUUCCAGUACCUGUGCUUUAUGAUGGCUGUGGGAACAGCCCUAUCUCGCAUCUCUGACUACAAACACCACUGGAGUGAUGUGCUAGUCGGGUCCCUGCAGGGAGCUCUCGUAGCUGUACUGAUGGCUGUUUUUGUGUCAGAUUUGUUUUCUGCUCAACGGUCAAGCCUAACAGUUGCCACGGAAGCAGAUGGGGAUCCCUCAAAUCAAUCAGGAAAUGGUGGCACCAACAGAAUCUGCUAAUCAUGGCCCAGAUACAGGUAACUACUCAACGUUAGUCCAAAUUUACAUGUCGCAUUGGUACUUUAAUGAACUGUGCUAGUACACAACUAUAAUACUUAUUUCUGUGUGAGUGUAGAUGAGAAAUGUAAGUUUUGGAAAUUUGAACUCCAAGCCUAGUGCUUCCAGGCUGUUUUGUAAAAGUUGGAUAAAACAUGUAACAGAAGUCUGUGUGCAUAAGGUAAAAAGCAGGAAGUAAUGAAAGUGAAGAAAUGUUUCUUUUUAUGCAGUAGAAAGCUAGCUUCUAAGCACCAGGAGGCAGGACUAGCAACCUGCCUCAAGCUGGGCAGUUCUCUCUCUCUCUCUCUCUCUCUCUCUCUCUCUCUGUAAGGUAAUCAAAGCAAUUGCUACUAAACAGUGUGCAGCUUUAUUUACCUGUAUCAUGUUUAUGUACUUUGUUCAUACAGAGGUACAGAGUAAUUUUACCUUCUGAAGGCAGCUUAAAGUGUAGCUAUUUAUUUUACCACUCUGUAUUUUAUUUUAUAUAGAACACAUUUUACUUAUUACUUUAUUGCCUUAUCUUUAUGGAAGGUAAAAUUUCAAUAAUGUUUUGUGGAUGUGAAGAGUGAGACCACUCGUGAGUUGUGCUUAAUGAUCAUUGUCAUGUUCAUUCACUAUUUGUUUUCCCUUCCUUUUUUAAAGUAGUUGCCUCUUAGUAAUCUGAAGUAUAGCACAUCUGCUAAGAAACAAAAUAUUGGCAAUCAGAGGUUGAUUUGUUUCAAGCUUUGGACUUCUGAUAGGGGCUAAUCAGUGAAUAAAGGUUGAAAUCUAGUGUUAUAUAUUCAAGUCAAUAAUAAUUGUUGUGUCGUUGCCAUUUUUAUUAAAAAGUUGUUUCAGUGUAAGUAAAUUCUGUAAGCUAAACAACAUUUUUUAUUUCAUUAAUUGCAUGUCUUAAAGAAACAGGAUGGAGGGUGCAGACUGGGUUUACCAGCUCAGGAAAGGGUGCAGUAUUGUUACCUAAUGGACCCUUACCUCUUUCUGCCAUUCAUUUUCUCCCCUGUUGUCUUAUUUGCUCUACUUUCUUAGGGUAUCUUUCAUUUUCCAUCUAUAUACUUGUCUGAGCCAUUUGAAUUCUGAAGUUUCUGUUUUGUCUUUUAAUGGUUUAACAUCUAGACUUGUUCUCAUCAACUCAGAAUGUUGUAACAUCAGCUAGCAAAUCCCUAGGCCAGCCAUAGACUGUUUUUCAUUAGUGUCUAUGAGUAAAUACUGCAGUUCCUUAAUUAACAGCUGCAUUACCUCUUAUUACCAAACUGUUAACUUAUAAUUUGUUGUUCAAAUGUGUAUAUGUGUGAUGUGUGUCUGGAAGCUUUCUCUGUUACUUGCACUAGAGUGUAAUGGUACACUGAGAAAUUAUUUUGUUGCUGCCAAGCUAAAGGGGUUUAAGUCUAAACAUUACAACCAAAGUAUGAUCAGUACUUUACAGCCUGUAAGUUAGCUGAACUGUCACUUGAACCUUGUGUAAAUUGCACAACUUUUUUUUUAAAACUAAACAAACAUGAUAUGAUCUUUCCAAAAAUUGUUUUUCAUUUUCUGAACCUUUAGGACUUAUACCUAUUUACCCUGACACCAACAAUUGAUUUUGUUUCAAAAAAAUCACAAGGUGUUACGUUAUAAUUGCUUCAAAGUUUUUUUACAUGUGGAAGUGCUUUGGUAUUUUGUGUUUCUUGUAUUGUGGUGUGUUUGAAAAAUAUCGAUAAGAAAUAUAUUGUAAAAUUUGUUUUCUUCAUUAACACUUUUAAAUUAUGGCAAUACUGCAUUGUUCAGAAGGAACUAUUUUUCUGCCAGAUUUUAUUUACAUUUCUUCAAGUUAUUAAGACUGAGAUUUUUGCAAUCCAAGUGCAAACCACUAGUCAUUUUGAAUGCAGUUUGUUGUUCCUUGACAUGGAGAAACAUGUUAAAAUAAAUUAACACAGAAAUUAUUGAAACAGAUAUAAAUUUGUUUGUGAUUUGUUAUUGGAUUUAGAAGCAGGACAGGUGCUGUGUUUAAACAUAGAGAUUGCUAAUCAAAGAGUCCAGUCAGUAAUACAUGGUCUUUAAGAACUCAACUUAACCUGAAUCCUGAUCAUAAUAGCAGACAUAUGUGAGUCAUUCAGGAGGAAAAAACUUAUGUUUAUUUAUCUUUUAACUCAUGCCAAAUAAUGCACCCUCAAUUGUUUUCUUUAGUGAAAGUUAAUCCAUAAUCUCAGCUAAAGUUCUCUUGACUGGUUACAUUACUGUUUCUCGGAAUAUGUAAUGGUAGCCAUACUUCAAAAUAAUAUAGUGAUGGUACAUUGUGUUACAUCAGUGAAAUAUUUUGUUUGGUUUCCCUAAACCAACUAGUUUGUUAGUUAGUUAGUUAGUUAGUACUUUUAUGAUUGUCAUUCCACCACUCUUGAUGUUGAUGGUACUGUACCGACAUUGUUUUCUUAUAGUUCACACUAACUUUUAUUUGUUAGGCAAAGCUGUGUUUCAUGUCAUUGAUGUUGGUUUCUGCUCUGUAAACUGUAAGUUGUAAGUUAGAAAACUGUUAUUUCAAAAGCUGCAUGAUGCAGGGUUACUUGAGACUUAUUCUUGUUCUUCCUGUGACUCUACAACCCAGUGUGGGUCUUGGCCACCUCCUUUUGGAGGUUUCUUAGUCUUCGAAAUGUGCAUUUGUGGGUAGUGAGUGACCAGCCCACUGACUCUGCAAAAUUUCUACUCAGUCCUGAUUUGUCUGCUAGAGUCAUCUAGUAGAGAAUCUGGAGAGAUUUGGGUGAGAAGUGGCUGCUGAAUUUUGCUUACAAAACAUUUCAUUCAUGCUCGUAAGGUUCUUUUACAUGCCGUUUAAUGUAUGACAUGGGUCCACCGGCUCUACUUCCCCUCUGAAGGAAGUUGUGCUACAGAGUCACAGCCUUGCUUUAUUCCUGAAUGAUGACAUACAAACUGAAUUUAAUUCACAUUUCACAUUUGAAUGCAGUUUCAGAUAUGAGCUUUACUGUCCCAUGAACUUUGUCACAAAUGCUAGUUGUUUAAAACUGACAUGGGUGGCAGUCUCAUAAAGUUUGUGUUGGCUGCUAUGAAUUGUGGAUAUUUAUGUGUAUAAUUUUACACUAAUUCUGUGUCAGAGUGCAGCUGUAUUGAAAAUUGGUGUUAGUGUUCUAGUUUUUAAUGCAGAGAACAUGUAUGAAGUGCCAGGAGUGAUGCUAGUAAGACACUCAAAUGAUGAUAAUACUACUUAUAUUUGAUACUUUAUGGUUUAUGAGCCACUCACAGCUUUGAAGAUGUUGAUGUUGGUGUUCUGGGUUGUCACACAGUGUGGACUUGUAGGCGUUCAAGAUGGAGACAGUAUGUUUUUUUCUUCUUCUGAAAUGUAGGUAUCUGCUUGUCUACGCAACGUUACAACCAAGAAGACGAACAUUGACAUCUUUUGAUAUUUAAUAUUUUUUGUGUGUGUUUAAUAUUCCAUUAUUUUACUGUGUGGCAGUUUUGCUGGUCUUGCACCGCUUUAACCUUUGUAAUUUACUCACGAAGCAACUGUUAUGUAAAUAUCCCUUGAUUUUUAAAAUAGAAUUUAACUGUUUAUAUAGUCAGAAUCAAUAUAAUUAAGACAUUUCUCACAGCUAUGAUUGUUAAUAACUGUUUCUAGACAUAACUGAGGAAACAUGGAUUGACAUUUUGUUAUCAUAUUUUUAAAUAGAAGUUGGUGCUGUUUUCCUUGCUGAAACCAGCAUUUUUUAUGUUAACAGUUCUCACUGACAGUGGCAGUACAGAAUAGUUUGGUAUUGUUAUUGAAUUUUGAAAUAUAAAACAUGCAUACAAACAAAUAAUUUUACGCUUUGAAGGAUACUAAUGCCAAACGCGUUUCAACCUCAAGAGGUCAUCAUCAGUGGCAAAAACAAGUAAUUCAUAUAAUAUCAAUCAAAAGAUUAUGGUUUUUAACAGAGCAUAAAGGUAAGUUCUUUACAAAAUCAUAUUUGUGUAACACCUCACUGGACGUUGAUUGCACAGGAAUUGAUGUAUUAUAUUGAGCUCUUAGCUAUUAUGUGCACUUCAACGAUGCGUGGAUGUUACUGUCAGUUUUUAAAAUGUGUAGGGUAUAUAUUAACUCUGAAAUCAGGGUGGCCAACUGUUGCAUAUUUGCUGUUUUCUGUUUAUUGCUAGGUCAAAUAACACAUUGGAGUCAUGGGCGUUCUGUCCGUUUAUGAUGUUUUGGUUUUUGCUAGUUUUAUAUAUAUGGAAUUUUUCUAAAAUGUCAAGCAUUUUACCUUUCAAGGCUAUUCUUAACACACUCAUGAUAUCUUCCAUUUGGCCAUAUUCAUGUCUGUGGUUGAGGAUGUGUUGGGUAUAUUUCAAUUUUGUUAAGUUCAAUCUAAUGUCAUGGACAUGUUCUUUAAAUCUGGUUUUAAAUUCCCUACUGGUUUGGCCAAUAUAGACCUGCUUGCGGUGUCCUUCAAAGUGUAAACAGGUUUGUUUGUAUGCAUGUUUCAUAUUCUAAUACGGUACACAGUAUACAAGGUUUUAAGAUGAAUUUUGAAAGUUAAAUACCGUAUUUUCGUAAUUUUAAAGAUGCAAAUGAUUGUAAGAUGCACCCUUGAUUUAAUAACAGUUUUCAAGAAAAAAAUAUGCUAUAUCAAUUCUUAGAUGCCAUCAGAUGUAAGAUGUACCCCAAUUUCAGAAAUUUUAAAUUGAGGGAAUAUGGUCAUAGCUCUGUUCUUGCUCUCUCUAGAUUCAAGCUAUAAAGUCUGUACACUGUUUUAUCUGAUGCUCUAGGUAUGAAAAACAGGUUUUAGCAUGUCAUUUAGAUAUAUGCAUUUAAACAAAGACUGAGCAGUGUUUCAUUUUUUGUUGCCUGACAAAGAUGAAGGAUCUGUGAAAAUUUGCUACAUUAAUAAGUGCAGGCAGGACAAAUAUAUUCAGCUAUGUAAAUGUUACAUCAACUUUAAACUGGCCUUGUUACCUGCAAAAAUCAAUAUACAGGUUGCUUUGUCUGAUGUUGGAGUUACGUACAUAAGCUUCAGGUCUAAACAAAUUGAACAUGUAGAAGAGCUUUAUCAAAAACAUGUUUUAUGAAAUUCAGAUUUGUAUUUUCAAUAUUAUAUACAUAACAUUUAAAUAAGAAUGCACCUUUGGUGUAAUGAAAGAUUCAAAUUGUGCUUCCAUAUUGUAGCUUCAAUUAAUGCAGCCCCCACUUGUGAUAGUACUGUUGCUGCGGAAGGAAUGUGUUCAAAAAGUUACAAAUUUUGUUUAAUGUUUGAUUCAUAUUUCAGCAGGCUGGAAUAAUGAUAUUGAUAUGAAAAUAGAUGUGUUUCAGUAAGGCAGUAUAUGCAGGGUCAAAGAAAAAAAUACUGGGCUAAAUUUCUUUAGCAAGAGCAGAAAAGAAGAUAAGACCACUGUGUUUGGGACAUACUUUCCAACCACUUAACUGACUGACUAAGACUGGAAAUAGAAAGUUCACCAUAUUUAAUACCAAGACUCACCAUUGGAUGUAACCUGAGUUAUUUCAACCAUGAAGAUGAUUGUGUUUUGGGAUGUUGCGCCAUGUGCUGUGACAAAAAUUAGCUCAUGUUUCAAAGGAGCUUGCUGCCUCUGUCAUCUCCCUGGUAAUGGAGGUAAUAAUCUCCUUGAAACAUCAGUUAAUAUGUACCAGACAAAUGACACGACAUCCUGGAAGACAGCCAUCUACAUACCCAUUGCCAUGAGAUCUUGAAAUCUCACCCAGUUCAGCCAUUUAGUACAUAUUGUAGGUAAAGAUUUCUGUCUGCUGUAAUGGCACUAAAAGUAUAACACUUUAUACUAAUCGGAAAAAGGCAUAAUUCAUAUUAAUGAGACCAUGUUCUUGGGGUGGAAAGUGCAAGUAGUGAAUUGUAGUAUGUUUGAUACUUUAAAAUAAUAUUGAUAUUGUGUUUUCACAUGUGUGAUUGGCUGGUUUGCCAUUUUUACAACACAUUGGGCUGUGGGAUAUUCAUUCCUGUAUUUUAAUUGGUGGAUCCCAAAGUACGAGCAGACCAACGGAAUGACCAGGACUUCUAAUUUCUACAAAACCCUGGCAAGCCAGACCAUCACAGUAUGUGGUGUGACUAAGCAUAAACAAGUUUUGCAUUUAUUGUAACUAUAUGCAUGUUACAAAUAAGUCUAACAUCACUCACUGCUGUAGUUUUAUUCAGAAAAGUAAUGAGUUGAUUGAGCCUGUAUUUAUUGUAUCAAAUAGGUUGCAAAGAAAGAUUUUGUGCAUAGUACA